AUGAAUGCGUCCGACCCCGUCGACGUUGCCGAGGUAGCUAAGGCCAAGGCGCUCCAGCACGAUGUCUCCGUGAGCGAAAAGCGCCAGGAUCCCAGUCAGGACUUGACGAUUGAGCCUGUUCCGCCCGGAGAGAUCAACCCGACGGCCCAUGGUGCUGAUGGCGAGGACGAGGCACUCCAGAAGGUGUAUCCAAACGAGGACGACUUGCGCAACCUGCGCCGCAUCGCCGGCCAUGUUCCCUGGACCACCUACACCGUCGCAUUUGUAGAGCUGUGCGAGCGGUUCUCGUACUAUGGAACCACAGCAGUCUUCGUCAAUUUCAUCCAGCGUCCUCUUCCGGCGAACUCGCGCAGCGGUGCUCUCGCGGCUGGCGCCGAUUUCAAUAACGACGUGCCAGGAGCCCUGGGUAUGGGGCAGCGCGCGUCGACUGGUCUGACAUUGUUCAAUCAAUUCUGGUCAUACAUAAUGCCUCUGGCGGGUGCGUAUGUGGCCGACCAGUACUGGGGUCGAUUCCGUACGAUCUUUGCCUCGAUUGCGUGUGCUCUUGUGGGCCAUGUGAUUCUGAUUGUGUCGGCGAUCCCGAACGUGAUUGCGAAGCCCGGAGGCUCGAUCGCUUGCUUCACCAUUGGUCUGGUCAUUAUGGGUGUGGGCACAGGUGGCUUCAAAUCCAAUAUCUCGCCCCUAAUUGCGGAGCAAUACCGCGACGAGUUGCCGUACAUCAAAGUCAUGCCGGAUGGAGAGCGAGUGAUUGUUGACCCUGCCGCAACAGUGGCUCGUAUCUACCUGUACUUUUACCUGAUGAUCAAUGUCGGCGCUUUGGUGGGACAGCUUGUCAUGGUCUACGCCGAGCGAUACGUCGGAUUCUGGCUGUCGUUCCUUCUCCCCACGAUCAUGUUCUGCUGCUGCCCUACAGUGCUGUAUCUUUGCCGGCACAAGUAUCACAUGGUCCAGCCCACAGGAUCGGUUUACUCUCAGGCUUUCCGUCUGUGGUCAUUAGCCAUGAAGGGGCGCUGGUCUCUCAACCCUGUUCGAUUGUUCCAGAACACGGCCGCAGAGCAUGAGUUCUGGGAUCACGUCAAGCCCAGCACUCUGGGAGCCAACAAGCCCCAGUGGAUGACCUUUGACGACGAGUGGGUGGAAGAGGUUCGCCGUGGACUCAAGGCCUGCAAGGUUUUCCUGUGGUACCCUCUCUAUUGGCUGGCGUACAACCAGAUGUUAAACAACCUCACAUCCCAAGCUGCCACCAUGCGUCUGGGAGGCGUGCCCAACGACGUCAUCAACAACCUCAACCCCUUCGCCCUGAUCAUCUUCAUCCCCAUCUUCGACCGCCUCUUCUACCCCGGCCUCCGGCGAAUGGGCUUCAACUUCACCCCUCUGAAGCGCAUCACGGCCGGUUUCGCCGUCGCUGGCUCCGGCAUGAUCGUCGCGACCGUCACCCAGUACUACAUCUACAAAAUGGGGCCCUGCGGGAAGGAAGCGAACUACUGCCUCGAGGAGCUGGGUAAGCACACCGACAUCUCCGUCUGGGUGCAAGCCCUCACCUACAUCCUGGGUGGUAUCUCCGAGAUUCUGGCCUCGGUGACCUCCCUCGAGUACGCAUAUACCAAAGCGCCGCGCAACAUGCGCUCGCUCGUGCAGGCCGUCGCGCUGUUCACGAACGCCAUCUCCGCGGCGCUCGGGCAGGCUCUGGUCGGUCUCUCUGCGGAUCCGCUGCUCGUGUGGAACUAUGCUAUCGUGGCGAUCUUGGCGUUUGCGGGCUGCUUCGGCUUCUGGUUGACCAACUAUAAGUUGGACCAGGAGGAGGAUAAGCUCAAUAUGCUGCCCCAUAGUAAGUUUGAGGGCCAUGGGGCGAGGACGGACGAGGAGGGGAAAUGA